UCACAGAGCCGUACGUGCGCAGUUAUGAAUGUCUCUCGUUGACAGCGUCAUAAAUCACGCUCCUCGUACGUUCUACGUUCUGUUACUAUCACGCCCGUGUUUGGCAUCGUAUUUUUGAAUACCGUGAAUUGAUUUAUCUCGUAUCUUUGGCAAGUAUCUCUAGCGGUAUCUAGUGCUUACGCGAGCUGCUAGCGAUGCAAUGUACGAAGCUUUCAUCAGCGGUUACCGUCUGGCCGAUGUGUCACAUGGAAAACCCUAUUACGUUUACUGUAUCGAGGUUCUCGAGUCGAAAACCGGCACUCGACAUUUCAUCGAGAGGAGAUACAGUGAAUUUAGCGCGUUACAUCGCACGUUGAAGAAAGAUAACUCGGAGAUUGCGCCAUUUCCACCAAAAAGAGUAAGGAACUCGCAGCCGAAGGUUUUGGAACAACGGCGAGCUGCGUUGGAAUUAUAUAUCCAGAAAAUGCUACGCUUGUUAGCGACGAAACAGCAGGUCCUUAAUUUCCUGGGUAUAGAGAAUCAGGAGGCCCGUGCAUCCUAUCAGAGAAUGCACAAUGCCGGCUCGAUGCAUCACCAUCCAGACACUCUGGGGCAUCAUCCAGUCAUAACAUAUCACUGCGAUCCAUACGUCCAAGCUGACUCGACUAGCGAUCUUCCAGAUGUGGUAACCAAUGGUGUAUUGUUGGGUAUUUACAAGUCCUGAUCUCGAAAUUGUUCUCAAAAUAUUGAGGAUAGUUUACGAAUGUUAGAAGAAUAGAUACAAGUGUAUUUUUAACGAUGAUACGAGGAUCCACAUGGAUGGAACGGUAUAAGAUAAUAUAAACACGAUAAAAUAUUUGUGUGCAAGAUCGAGGCGGAGAAAAGAGAUUAAAUGCUUCCAUUUUAUGUAGAAUCUCAUUCAUAUGCUAUACGAUGUAUCAUAUAUAACAGUGUCAUCCAUGAUAACUAACAAUAAGAAGGAGAAUGUUGGUGCAGGGUUCCGAUGAAGUUAGUUUGCAACAGUUAUUCGGAAAAUAAAAUCUCUGAUUUAGUCAUUCUUGUUCAAUAGAUUUUUUACGCUGAGAAGUCUAAUUUCGUAUAGUUACGGCGUCUUGAUUAAGCUCAACAACAUAUUGAAGAACAUGAAAAGUGUACAACUGUUUACACAAAAUGAAGAAAUAUAAUUGUAUGUUUGUUACU